CGGAUUAUCAAUCAGUUAAUAGGCGUCAUUUUUUUUUGUCAACCGAACGUCCAAAUUCACAGUCCAUCAUCAUGCCCAUUUACUCCAAAAUUCCAGUGUAACAACACGCUCAAACUCAAAUCGGAUAGAAGAAAACCACCUCGAAAAAAAAAACCCAGCAUCAUCCAUCCAUGCAUCAUCGAACCGGUCGACUCUAUCGCUAUUCGAAAACCCGAAAUAAAUCCAUGCGAUGCGGCAUUAUCUGAAAACGUUGUUUCAAAAUUUCAGCGACUCUAAUUAUUAUUAUUGUAAAGGAAUUGUCGGUUCGGGGGGACGGUUUUAUCGUUCCGGGACUUUAAAGGAUAAUUUAAGUGCACCGAUUCAUCAUCGAGACCAUCACACCACACCGUCAUCGAGAAAACUGCCAAAGACGCCGGAUCUGAUCUACGUACCGCGGCUAUUCAAAUGGCUCAGGAACAAGCUGAAGUUCAAGAUGUUACAGAAUACUUGGGAUCCUGAGUUUUCUGAGGGCGCAUUCAUUUAUGGUACUACACGAGCCGUUUGUAAGAUCACAGACAUCAUAAACAGGGACAAACCCGAGGAGUUGGAGAACUUGUUGACCUUUUCAGCUAAAAUGAAGCUGGUGGAUUACAUGACGACGAGACUGAAUAAGACCCAGAAGGAGAUUAUCGCCUUGAGGCCGGACGACAUCAAGAUCCUGGUACCCUUAAACGUGUCACUAAUGAAGAACGGUCAAUACAAGAACUGUCGAGUUACCAUGAGGAUCCUUGGUCUUAAAUGGCACGAGCACUCUAACAUGCUGAAGCUCGUGUUGGUGGCGCUCCAGACCGAAUUCCUGCGGGACUACAGUCAGGGACACACAAAUUCGGAAUGGACGAUAAGCGCGUUUGACGUCCUCGAGUGCGGCAUGCUCACCCAAAUACCCAGCUGAGGUGGAAAACUGAGAAGAAAGAGAUGGACGAAUAUUAUGAUUGUCUUAAUGUAGUUUUUAAGUAAUUUUGUAGCAGCUGUAGGUUUGUGUUUUUUGGCAGAUCUAGAACAUUGGAAAUUUAUCGUUAUUUUAGACAAUAAAGAGACUUUUCUUUUAAU